AUGAGUAAUGGUGCCACAAGCUUAUUAUCAGGUAGUAGCGGUAACAUUAUGACAUCACCAAUAAUGAAUAAUGGUAGUAGUGCAAAUUUAUCGACAUCUCAAUCAAUAUCAUCACCAAUUCCAUCACUAUCAUCAAUACCAUUACCAUCAUUUGGAAAAUCAUCAGAUAUUUUAGUACCUGUAGUAUUAUGGUGUGGUUCACCAACCCAUUGGAUCACAUCUAUAAUUAUUACACCAGAUAAAAAGACAAUUAUUACAGGUUCUCAGUCAGGACACUUAUCAAUAUCAUCAAUAUCAUUAGAUCAAGGCAAAGAAAAUCAAUUUACACCAAAAAUUUUAGCGAUAGGACAUGAAAAUCCAAUUACAUGUUUAGCAUUAGGUGAAUUUGAAAGAAAAGAAGUUGUAAUUUCAGCAGCUACAGAUGGUUCGAUGGCAGUUUGGAGCAUUACAGAUGGUUUAUGUUUAUUAUCAACAGUUAGUCAUUUUCUUUCAUUUUCACCAACACAAAUGACAAUAUUACCAAAUAGAAAGCAGGUUGCAGUCUGUGGAAAGGGAUCAAAUUCUAUUUUUAUUGUAGAUAUUCACUCAUUACGUAUUGUUAGCACUAUAACAGAUCAUAUGGAUUGGGUUACCAGUUUAUUUUCAUGCACCAUGCAACAAGAUAACACAUCAAUGCUUCUUAGUGGUAGUUUAGAUGGUAUAAUUAGAUUUUGGUUAUUAAGAGCUGGUGAUCAAGAUAUGCCACUACAAGUUAUAGACUCUAGAUCAUCAAUACCAAACUACACUCUGGAUGAUGCCCCAUUAUCAAUUAAAUUUUCACCAAAUGGAAAAUCAUUAUUAGUAGUUUCAAAGAAUAAUUGGUCAAUUUUUACAACCCAAAACUCUCGUUUACUUUAUUCGAUUAGAUGUCCAUGUACAACUUUAGAGGAAAAACUAUCAGGUUUACCAACAAGCGGUGGUUGGUUUGGUGGUGCUUUUGUAGAUAACACAAUGGUAUUGGUUUGGAAUAAAGAGGGUAGAGGUUUCUUAUAUAAAGUUGAUCAAAGCGAUUUGAAAUCAUUCUCUUUAGGUGAUCCAUUACCAAUUGAAGGCUCAUCUCCAAUUAACUCAACAUUACUUUCAUCUUCAUUAUCAAAAUCUUAUGGAUCAUUAUCUUCAUCUCAAAGCUUUUUAAAUAAAACAACAGAUACCAUCAACAAUAGUAACAUUAUCACUCCAGAUUAUUCAGCUAUAAACUUUACUUACCAAGCACCAGGUAUUCAAACACCACAAUUACUUUUAACAUUUUCAUCUAAUGAUUCAAAUAAAACUUUAUCACCAACCUCCAAUGGUUUAAAUGGUACCACUGCAGCAGCAACUUCAAACACAACAAGAAACAACUAUAAUGAAUCAUUACAAAAAAUUGGCGCAGCAACAUGUUUUGGAAAUAUAUUUAUAGUUGGUGAUCCAAAUGGUCAUAUUAAAAUUUGGGUUAUACCGGUUAAUAGUGAACAAUUAUUAAACCCACAACCAGGUAAACGGAUGCCAUUAAGAGAACCAAAUUUACAGGGAUCAAUUAGUGAUGGUUGGAAGAGCGUCGAAAACAAAACCAAGAUGAGAAGUAAAGUUACAGCAUCUUUAGUACUAGAUGAUUCAAUGAUACUAAUUAGAGGCUAUGAAGAUGGCUCCAUAAGUACAAGUAAAUUACCUUCAGAUUUAUUCCCAAAAAUUUAUCCAGCAUCCCACAAUAGCAAAGUAAAUUAUUUAAUGAGCUCACCACCAAGCAACCAAAAAAGAUUACUAUUUUCAGCCUCAAACGAUUGUACCAUUAAAGUAUGGGAUUUAUCAACUUUUAAACUUUUACAUACAUUUUCACAUCAUACUGGUCCUGUAUAUUCAAUUUUCUCUUUGCCACAUUCUCGUAGGAACACUUUUAUCUCUAUUUCUGAAGAUAAAACCAUCGGAAUGUACAGUAUGGAAGAUUUAUCAUGUAAACAUAUGUUUGGAGUUCAUUCAUCAUCAAUAUCAAAAGUCUAUUGGAAAAACGAACAAGGUUAUCUUAUGGUAGAGACAAUAGAUGGUAGUGUCUCAAUUUGGGAAAUCGGUUCUGGUGAAUUAGAAGGUGUAGUAUAUGGUCAAAACGCUAAAGAUAUUUUAGAUAACUCUGAACUUCUCUCAAAUAAUUGGAAACAACAAGAAAGUAAAAUUCAUCUCUCAGGUUUACACUAUCCAAACAAAUCAUUGGUAUAUACUCAUAAAAAUGAUCCACCCAUUCAAACCCUCUUUUUAAAUAUUAAAGCCAUAUCAAAUGAAAUUACAGUUUUAUCAGAGCAAAGAAAUAAAGACAGUUUGAAUCCUAAUGGUAGCAGCGGAGUUAAUGGUUCACUCACUAAAGAUUUAAAUCAAUUGGUUUCAAUUUUCUCUUAUUUAAUACCCUGGAAUAUGGAUAGAAAUUUGGAUCCAUUGUUUAGUAAAGAUUUCCAAUUAAGAGCACCAUUACCGGACUUCUCUUUUGGUCUAUUAGGUCAUGGUGGUAAUAUGUCACUAUUGACACCAAUGGUUUCAAGCUCUGCUGGAAAGGUUCAAUGCUCUGAAACAUUAACUGCUCAAACCACUUUGGCUGCUAUCUCAUUGGGUCGUUCAAUCCUCAGAGUUGGUGGUAUGGAAAAUAUUAUUGUUCAAUUAACAAACUUUUAUUGUGCCACUUUACCAGAAAGUUUACAAGGCUAUGUUUAUCCAGAUUUCUCCUAUCUUGCUCAAUAUUGCCAAGAUGUCAAUGAUGAUGUUAUGGUUUCUGCAAGAUCUAUUUUCCGUACAUCCAUAGAAAAAAUGCCUUCCUCUGCAUUUAAAAACAUUGUAAACUCAUACUGCGAUGUUUUAAAUGCCGAUUGUUUAGGUCCACUCGAAAGAGCCAGAGCCAUCAUUGUAUUAGCAAUCAUUACAUCCAAUAGAACAAAUACAGAUUUCAAUACCGCAUUCUCCGCAAAGAUUGGUUCAGAGUUACAAAGAAUGAUUUAUAAAGGUAGUGGUAAUUUAACAAUCAUUGCAGUAGAACUCUUAGGUAAAGGGUUCCAACUAUGGAAAGAUUCAAUUAAAGAUUUACCAGGACUUUUGAAAUGCUUAUUUGCAUUGACAAUGCAAGCUGACCCACUAGCAAGCACAGCCAAAAACACACUUUUAUUAAUUGGUUCAGCUGAUCCAAAAACAUUUAUUCAAGUUAUAGGCGAUGAAAUUUCAAAUGAAUCAACAAAUACCACAUGUAAAGUUCAUGGAAUUGUGCUCAUUGGAUCACUCAUUAAAAAAGAUCCAGAUUGUGUUUUACCAUUCCUUCCAAGAGCUAUCGACUCAAUCAUUAAAAGUCUCGACCCACAUGCUUUAGUUUUACGUGAGGCAUGUAUUCGUCAAACCACCGCCGUACUUCAUUUAAUGGUCAACAAAUACCCGAUGGUUAGUUUUCAUCAUGAUACUCAACGUUUAGUUUUAGGUACACUUGAUGGAUUGGUUGUAAUCUAUGAUUUAAAGACUGCUACAAGAUGGCACAGAUUCGAAUCAUUUAAAUCAUUAAUUACUGCAGUUACAUUCAACGAAAAUGGUAAAAUGUUGGCUUGUUACAGCUCAAAAGAAAAUGAAAUUAAAAUUUGGCAAGCAAACACAAAUUUCUUUGGUUUUAAUUCGCAAUUUUCUUGUAUAAGAACCGUCUCAACAAUACCCUCUGAAAAAUCAAAUGGCUUUUCACCACCACCACAACCACAACCCAAAACAUUACCAGUACCCCAACAACCAUUAAAUCAAUCUUCAACAAGACCAAUAAUACCAAAGAUUGAAAAUGUUAAAUUAGUAUGGCAAAGUCAAAAUACUUUAGUUUUAACAAAAGAUGAUACUAAUACUUUAACUUUAAAUAUACCUUCGCAUUAA